AUGGCAUUGGGUGGGGCUUUCCUCCGCUUCGGCCAAACUGGCCUUCGCAUCAUCGAGUUCUGCUGCGCGGCAAUCGUGCUCGGCAUCUACUCAUACUUCCUCGCUGUCUUGUCUAAACACAACAUGACCAUCCCCACCUGGGAGAAGGCUGUCGAGGGCAUGUCAGGCGCCGCCGCUCUCUACACCAUCUUCGGUGUCAUCUUCACUUUGUGCCUGGGUGGUGUCAGAGUUCUCGCCUUCAUCGCUAUCUUCCUCGAUAUCUGCUUUGCCGGAUGCUUCGCCGCCAUUGCAUACUUCACACGUCAUGGCGCUAGCCGCUGCAAGGGUCUUGUCAACACUCCUAUCGGUAAUGGCCUAGCCACCCAAUCCGCACCAGGCGCUGGUGACUUUGGCUAUGUUUGCAGCUUGAACACCGCAUGCUUCGCCGUCUCCAUUGGUGCCAUCUUCCUCUUCCUUGUGACUGCCGUCCUCCAAUUCUUGUUGGCUCGUCAUCACCAGAAGGAAAAGCGAUUCGGUCCAUCUCCCACCAACAACUACACCAAGGGUUCCCGCAAGGCUCCAUUCUGGAAGAGAAACCGCAAGACCCAUGCCACCCAUGAUGCUGAAAUCGCUACUGCUGGUCACACCGCUGCCCCCGGCUUCCGUCACAGUCACGAGACAGGCAUGACUGGCUCCACCAUGCACGGAGGCCACAUGCCCGCCACUUCUGAGCCUAAAUAUGGCCAACCUGGCUACGGCAUGAAUGGCUACAGCGCACCUGCCAACAGACUAUAG